UCCGCCCAACCCGAUUCCAGCUUGGCUGCGUUGUUUGGGGACAGUCCGAAGAUGGCGACGGCCCAGCUGUAUUGCGUCUGCCGGCAGCCGUACGAUGUGAGCCGGUUUAUGAUAGAAUGCGAUAUUUGUAAGGACUGGUUUCAUGGCAGCUGUGUUGAGGUAGAAGAGCACCAUGCUGUGGACAUUGACGUUUACCACUGUCCCAACUGUGACGUCCACCACGGACACUCCCUGAUGAAGAAGAGAAGGAACUGGCACAGACACGACUACACUGAGCCAGAUGACGGCAGUAAGCCAGUGCAGGCUGGCACCUCUGUGUUUGUGCGGGAGCUGCAGGCCAGGACCUUCCCUAGUGGAGAUGAGCUUUUGCAGCAAAUGCAGGGCGGUCAAGUCACCCAGAGGUAUCUGGAGAGACAUGGCUUCCGCUAUCCCAUCAUUGUAACCAAAAUGGAAGGGCUUGGUCUCCGAUUACCUCCAACGGAUUUCUCCGUCAAGGAUGUAGAACGCUACGUUGGAGGUGACAAAGUGAUUGAUGUCAUCGAUGUGGCCAGACAAGCGGACAGUAAGAUGAAAUUGAGCGCCUUUGUGAAGUAUUACUACAGCCCUCAGCGGCCGAAAGUCCUGAACGUCAUCAGUCUGGAGUUUUCAGACACCAAGAUGUCAGAGCUGGUGGUGGUCCCCGAUAUCGCUCAGAAGAUGUCUUGGGUGGAGAACUACUGGCCUGAUGACUCUUACUUUCCCAAGCCGUUUGUGCAGAAGUACUGUUUAAUGGGUGUGAAGGGAAGCUAUACCGACUUCCAUAUUGAUUUUGGAGGCACAUCUGUGUGGUACCACGUCCUGUGGGGGGAGAAGAUCUUUUACUUGAUAAAGCCGACCCCGGCCAACCUUGCACUAUACGAGGAGUGGAGCUCAUCCCCAAACCAGAGCGAAGUGUUCUUUGGGGAGAAAGUGGACAAGUGUUACAAGUGUGUCGUGCCGCAGGGAACAACACUUCUGAUUCCAACGGGAUGGAUCCAUGCAGUUCUCACCUCUCAGGAUUGCAUGGCUUUCGGUGGGAACUUCCUCCAUAACCUCAACAUAGGCAUGCAGCUCAGGUGCUAUGAGAUGGAGCGGCGUCUGAAGACUCCAGACCUCUUUAAGUUCCCUUAUUUUGAGGCCAUUUGCUGGUAUGUAGCAAAGAAUCUGCUGGAGACUCUCAAAGAAUCACGAGAAGAUAACUGCCUGCCUCCAGAAUACCUGAUCAAGGGAGUGAAAGCUUUGAUAACUGCACUGAGGAACUGGCUAAAGAGAGAGGUCACAGAGCCAGCCAGCGAGGUCCCUGACCAUAUCAGACCCAACCAUCUCAUUAAAAUGCUCACUAAGGAAAUCCAGUACCUUGAGGAGUAUCAGAAUGGGAAUUGUGGAAGCAAGCUAAUGAAAUAUCAAGGAAGCUCUGUGUGUCCUUCCACACGGUCGGCACACGAGAGAGGGUCUCACGCGCGCAUGAACGCCAGACGCCUUCGUGACCACCACCACCACCAUUAUCAUCAUCACCACCACCACAACCAUCAUUCUCACAACCCUAAAGUUCCUUCCAACCUUGACAUCUUCGAACAGCACACACAAGAAGUUUUAAAAAGACUUGAGAUGGGUCCUUAUGAUGAGGACGCCACCUUUAACCAGAAGGUCAACGGCAAGUUCAACAAGGUCUCUACGGCCUCAGCUGCAAUGGCAGAGCGGAGUUUGGACACCGACUUGCGACUGGUACUGUGCAAUGGACGUAUAGUCAGAGAUAACAGGCAGCAUGUUGGUGAAAAAAGACCAGUGAUAAAGGAAGAGGAGGACUUCGGAGAUGUGAAGAGGGAUUCACUCAAGAUUAAACCAGUACCUAAAGAAGAGGAACUGGAAGUGGAUAUUCGAAUGAAUGAGGAUAAGCAUCAUUGUGUAGCCAGAGAAGUGACAUCCUUUACAGAUCUUAGUAAACCAGAGAAUUCAGAUCUCAGGAACAGAGAAACAGUACAUACAGACAUCUCAUCAGAUUCUGAAUCAGAAGCGGAGUUCACUACACGGAAAAAGAACUGCUCUGAGGAGGAAUCUGAAAGCUCUUCAGAGGAAGAGGAUGAAAAGAUUAGGAGGAGCGGAGACGAUCAAAAUGAGGCCAAAAGUUGCUCCAGCUACUUCAAGGAGUCCAGGCAAAGACUUGACCGUUUUGAGAAAUGUCUUAAAAGUGAGUCUGCUACCUCGCCAAGCAAAGAAGAGGAUGCUAUCCAGGGAAUGCUGUCUAUGGCAGGGCUGUUGUAUUCUCACCAAUCAGAAGAUCCCAGCAGUUCACAGGAAUCCUGGUGGUCCCGAAGCAACCAUCACUCCCCUGACUACAGUAAAAAGGAGAUUGCCUCAGGAGAGGAGAACCAGGAUUCAGACAGCAAUUCUUCACGGGAGGGAUUUCGGGAGCGGGAGCAUUCAGAAGGAGGAUAUCAGGCCAAACUCAUGCAUAGGAUCCAGGAACACAAGAACUUCAUGGACAGCCAGGGCAGUGGCAGCAACAGCAGCAGUGAGGCGUGGAGCAGUCGCACACACUCCCCAGCCCAUGGGGAAAGCCUUACAUUGGGCUACCAAUACUGUGAGACAUCCCUGUCACCACCCCUGCACCCGUCCAAGAGGCCUGCCUCAAAUCCCCCACCAAUCAGCAAUCAGGCCACCAAAGGUAAACGUCCUAAGAAAGGCAUGGCUACUGCUAAGCAGCGACUGGGCAAGAUUCUCAAAUUGAGCAGACACAACCCCUUCUUUGUGUAGUACUAGUGAUGGGAUGCUGAGUGCAUGUUAAAGGUGGCGGGGUUUUAAAGUGUGUUUGGUUCAACACAUUUGGUCAAAAACAUUGUAUUGGCUACCAAUCAACCCGAAGCUUCAGAAUGAUCUGAAAAAGCGCUUUGCCCAACAUGGUUUCCUAGUUUUGCUAAUAUCCAUUCAAAGGAUCAAUGUGACUGAAAGGAAAUCACUUUUUAAGACUUUUGGUUCUCGAACGCUUGCAUCAAAAUCAGGUUUUCAAAGCUGAAAGCAAAGACUAGCAGGCUGCUUCCCACAACUAAAAACACCUCACUUCAAUGAUGUACGCCUUCAACAAGGCAGCAAUUGAGUGAUGAACUGAUUUCCUAAAGGUGCUUUUUCUCAUUUUGUGAUUGCAACCAACUUUUCCUAGCAAAGAAAAUUUGCAUUACUGCCUAAAGAAAACAUUUACCAAGGUUGAUCGCUUGAACUACCUGACCUGUCAAUCAAAAUGUUCUCAUGUUUUAAGAGAAAUGAAAGAAAAAAAUAUUUUUGUCAGCAUUUGUAUUCAUAUUGGCAUAUUUUGUAUUACAAGCUAAGUAGUGUGUGGGGGUGGGGGGGUGGGGGGGGGGGUAGUUUAACUAUAUUUGGUACUCUGUUGCCACCUAGUGGGCAUCCAGAGACUGACUAUUUGAAGCUGUCAUUUAAAUGGGGCACGUGACAACACAUUUUCCCUUAAUUUAUUCCUUUUUUUAUGUUGGUGCUUGAUUUUUCUUUUUUUUUCUAUACUAUUAUUAAAUUACAUAUUUAUUACUGAUGAAAGAGAACAAUUUCACUAAGCAAUUAGGGAGAUUUGCUGUUCUUUAGGGUCUUGAUAUGCAUCUGUUUUGAAACCCGUUUAGAUAUCUGUGGCCGCACAGACAUUUGUGCACGAGCUCAGCCAUUUUUUCAAAAUUUCAGCUGCAUUUUUAUUGCAUUGUGGGUAAGAACAAAAUGUGUUGUGUAAUGGGAUUGUGUUACCUCCUGUUAUUGACUGGUUUUUACUGUUAUUCUAAAGAUCUGGUUUCAGAGAUGUGUUUUUGUUUCCAGAUGUAUAAAAUUCAGCUGCCUCAUCAAUUUCUAAAGCAUUAAAACACUGUUUGAACUGGUGCUGUGUACAGUGAGAAAACAAGACGUUUAAGACGGCCAUGGAGCGUGGGAGAAUGUUUACCUUUUUUACGUUGAAAUGUAUUUGGCUACACGUCUUUUUACAAAGAAACGAAAAGUAUUUAUUUUUGUAAAAUAAGUCUUAACAGAGAGAAUUGUACCAACAGCGUGUAUCGAAAUAUGGCGUUUUGUAAGAUAUGUGUGUGAUUUGGAGGUAGUUUGCUCUGGUUCUGUGUGAAAGACCUCAGGUAAUUUUUCACGCUCAAGGUUUUGGAUUCCCUUUGAUGAAUGCCAAAUAAUGUCAUUAUAAAAGUCAGGUCUUGCUUUCAAUUGUGAUGUCCCGAUUUUUAUUUAAUCUUAUAUGAACAUUUCUUGAUGAGUAUCCCCAUGAAAGGAAAUCUUCUCCUUUUCUAUUCCCAUUAUGUUUAAAAAGCAGCUUCAACCUAAUCUACCAGGCUCUUCAGGCAAUAACACACAUUCCAUAAGCUUCCAGGAACUUUUCUGAUGGAUUUCAUUGACUUGCUGAGGUACAAGUACAGCGGCUCAGGGCUCACAUAUGGACAAAUUAUUCUAAGGGCUUCAGUCAACCCAAAGGUGGACCGAAUUGAACGGGUGAUUACGACCAGCACAGUAUUGCUACUGUAUGUCAUCUUACAACGUUUUUAUGAUGGUUUAUUGUGGACCGCGACGCUCAAGCAUUGUGUUUUGAUCCAUUUCGAAGAUAAAACCACAAUGCCAUUAAUGUAGCACCAGUUGUUUUUCCCCUCGAUUAGCCUAUUUGUCUGACCAGGAUUUGAGCUAUGUUACACACUACACUUUUUUUAUUAUUAUUAUUAUUAUUGCUGUUUUCUUCAACACGGUGAUUAUCUAAAUGUGCUUGAGAACUUGCUGGCCUGCAGGCAGGGUUUGUACCAUGCAGUACUUGUACAGUAUUUAUUUGGCAUUCUCGGUUGUGUUUUCCAUUUUCUGGUCUUGCAAUCAAUUACUUAUUUGUUUAUGGUGUGUCCUCACUCAUUGUCAAUGCAUUCAGCUGUUUGAAAAAUUUUAUAUGGUUGUAUAAUUUCAUUUAAUAUUUUGUGACACUGUAAUCCACAGCCAAGUCUCUUUAAAUUGAGUUUUUCAGAUUUACAAUGUGGCCUGUACAUAUUAAAAGUUUUACGAAUGAA